GUGGAAUAUGUGAUUGAGGCAAGAAAUCGGGAUGAUUGUCAACAAUGGUUAGGUGUGAUCCGAAGUUGCGUAUCGGAAAAUGACCCAAAUUCUGCACAUAGGUUUGUUCGACAACCAUCUGCACCACCAGUUGGCUCCAGCUUUCUUCGUAAUCGACAAUUUUUCUCGACACGGUCAUUAAACAAUGUGCAUUCGAUGGCAUCAACGGGGAUGGAAAUGCGAAUGCCAAUAAGAACAGUACGUGGUUCAAUACCCGGACUGGAAACCUAUCCAUGGUUUCACGCACGUUUAUCCCGAAGUGUAAGUGCUCGAUUAGUGCUUCAUAAUGGAGUUGACGGACAUGGAUUAUUUCUCGUACGUCAAAGUGAAACACGUCCUGGUGAAUUUGUAUUGACAUUCAAUUGUCAAGGCAAAGCUAAGCACGUACGGAUUGUAAUGAUGCCUGAUGGAGAGUGUCGUAUUCAUCAGAUGAUUUUUGAGACAAUGAUUGAUCUCCUGGAAUAUUUCCGAGACAAUCCGAUACCUCUCGAAAGUUCGUCCACUCCACCAAUACUUCUCAACGAAUAUGUUAUUUGUUGGCGUCGGCGAUCAUUAGCUUCGCUUGACUUAGAUGUUCGAGAUUUUUUGACAUAUGCUGGCUCGGUUCGAUUAGAUAUUCGUGCACUCGAAGAUCUCGUACGACACGAACAACAUGAUCGUCAACAUCGGACCACAACACUUAAUAAUAGCUAUCGUUAUCAGUGA